CCCGGCCGGUGCCAGCUCCGCGAAGCCCGCGGGCGAGACCCGGGUGGCGCGGGCGACGGCUGCCUGAGCGACGGGCGCGCGGGAGCGGCGCCUGCGGGUCCCGGAGGCCUCGAGGACGCUUGCAAUGCUCCAGAAAGCCAAGAGCGUGAAGCUGCGGGCCCUGCGCAGCCCGAGGAAGUUCGGCGUGGCGGGCAGGAGCUGCCAGGAGCUGCUGCGCAAGGGGUGCCUGCGCUUCCAGCUCCCGGUGCGCGGCUCCUGGCUGUGCUUGUAUGAGGACGGCACGGAGCUGACCGAAGACUACUUCCCCAGCGUCCCCGACAACGCCGAGCUCCUGCUGCUCACCUCGGGCCAGACCUGGCAGGGCUACGUGAGUGACAUCGGUCACUUCCUCAGUGUGUUUCACGAGCCGCAUGCGGAGAUCAUCCAGGCUGCCCGGCAGCUGCUGUCCGGCGAGCAGGCCCCGCUGAGGCAGAAGCUGCUGGCCGACCUCCUGCACAACGUCAGCCAGAACAUCGUGGCCGAGACCCGGGCCGAGGACCCGCCGUGGUUUGAAGGCUUGGAGUCCCGAUUUAGGAACAAGUCUGGCUAUCUGAGGUACAGCUGUGAGAGCCGGAUCCGGGGUUACCUGAGAGAGGUGAACUCCUACGCCUCCAUGGUGGGCGCGGAGGCCCAAGAGGAGUAUGUGCGGGUCCUGGGCUCCAUGUGUGAGAAGCUCAAGUCCGUGCAGUACAACGGCAGCUACUUUGACAGAGGAGCUAAGGCCGGCGGCCGUCUUUGUACACCGGAAGGCUGGUUCUCCUGCCAGGGUCCCUUCGACAUGGACAGCUGCUCGUCGAGACACUCCAUCAACCCCUACAGCAACAGGGAGAGCAGGGUCCUCUUCAGCACCUGGAACCUGGACCACAUAAUAGAAAAGAAGCGCACCAUUGUCCCCACGCUGGCUGAAGCCAUCAAGGAACAAGAUGGAAGGGAGAUAGACUGGGAGUAUUUUUACAGCCUGCUUUUUACCUCUGACAAUCUGAAAUUAGUGCACAUCGCCUGCCAUAAGAAAACCACCCACAAGCUCAGCUGCGACCCAGACAGAAUCUACAAACCCCGGACAGGGCCGAAGAGGAAGCGGCCCGCUCGCAAGUCCCGGUGACGCUGCGCCCUGUGCUCGGGGAGGCCUCGUGCAUGGGCAGAACCUUAACAGGUGCUAAUUUUUUUUUUGGUCACUCCAGUAGUUCCUGGAAAAAAACUUAAAAAGUAUCUCCUGCAGUUCUGAUUUCAGUAUAUUUCUGCAUCUGUUUUCUGUGCCUUUUGAGGGCCCAGCUUCCAGAGGACAGCUUUAGGGUGCUCACAGGACAUCUGUGGGUCAUACUGGCCGGCAGGGACCAGGAGUUGUCUUUGAGCUCAGGGAUCCUUCCGUUUUCUGAUGUCACCAGUUUAGUGUGUGCUCACGUGGUAUGGGCUCCACGCUACACCGUGUCAUGGCUGGACUUGGCCGCCCUGCUUAAGGGACAAGUUGUCUGUGUAUCAGCUGUCUCCUUCCACAGCAGACAGACAGCUCCAUCCUCUGGACUCUUCUGAGUGCCCCGAAGAGCCGUGCAGCACCUUUGGGUAAAACGUCUGUGCUCCGUCCGGAACACACGAGGACACCACCGCUGGGUUGUCUAUGGCGGCAAAGUGCGAACCUCCAAAGUCUGCAGUAGGGCGGCCGCUGGUUGUGGCCUCACACUGAAGCAUGUGAAAUUGCUGUUUCUCUAGGUUAAAAGUGGUCAGAUGUCAUUUAUUUCAUGAUCCAACCUAACACAUCGACACAAUGCAGAACUGUACAGCAGUUCGAGGCGUUCACGAGAUGAGCGUCCGUGUGUGGAGAAGGGAAGCUGUUAAGUGCCCCGGCGGCUUAACUGUGUAGAGUAUGAUCUGUUUGUCUUACAAAGGGCUGGUGUUCGUGUCAUCCAUGUGUGUCAGUGUGUGCAGGGAACACACCGGACCGUGAACAGCAGUAAUCCUGGGGACAUAGUGCGGGGAGACUGGGUGACAAAGGACUCAUUUUCCAAAUCAUGGAUUUUAUAAUACUUGAA